AUGAUAACAUUAACAGAUUUCCGCAACAUUGAAGACGAUGGCGAAUAUUCGCCUAACCUCACCACUACAAAACCACCUCGCUUCUCAGUUUUGAGUGAGUCUCAUAUAAAGCUUCUUCAAGAUGCUGACAUCAAUGAAACCACAUCGAUUCUCUCCAUAUCAAGAUCUGUUGCAUGCCUUCUACUCUCUUACUACAAUUGGAACUUCGUUGAUGCUUGUGAGUCAUGGUUCAAUGACAAACAAAAAGUUCUCAAAACCAUAGGUUUAUCAAAGGAACCUCAAAUAGUAGAAUUAGGGUUUCCAAACUCAGAAUGCAAUAUCUGUUUUGAAACCUUUUCUACUGAUGAGAUCAAGUCAUCAUGGUGUGGUCAUCCGUUUUGUGUCAAAUGCUGGAAUCAAUAUAUUGAUACAAAUAUUAAGGAUCGCAACUGCUUCAAACUCAAAUGCCCCCAACCUUCUUGUGAUGCAGCGGUAGAUGAAGAGAUGAUUCAACAAUUAGCAAGUGAGUCAAGAAAGGUUAAAUAUGAUUAUUUUUUGCUUAGGUCUUACGUGGAAAACAACACUGGUAAGGAGUUGAAGUGGUGUCCUGCUCCAAAUUGUUGUUAUGCCAUAAGUUAUGAUUCUAGCAGUUCUAGGUCUAGAAAAAAUUACGAUGUUACAUGCUAUUGUUGUCGUAUCUUUUGUUGGAAUUGUGGCGAAGAAGGUCAUUCACCUCUGGAUUGUGAAACUGUUGCUAAAUGGAUGAAAAAGGUUAGCUCUGAAUUUAAAAUCACAACCAGUGGUUGGAUUAUUGCUAACACAAAACCAUGCCCUAGUUGUAAGAUUCCCAUUCAGAAAAACAAAGGGUGCAAUCGUAUGACAUGCAAAUGUCGCUUCGAGUUUUGCUGGUUAUGUCUCCAAGGUCGAUGUAUAUGUUAUUCAAAACAAUGCAAACAAAUUCAGGUAUUUCAAGAUGUAACACCAACAAACCAUGCGAAAAGUCAUCUGGACAGGUACAGUUACUACCAUCAAGGUUGGGCUAAAAAUGAAAUUUCAAGAAAAACGGCUCUUCAAAAAUUGACUAAGAUGAGUAAAUCAUUGAAUAAGUAUGGAACUUAUUUAGAUCUAUUGCAUACAUUGAAACUCGUGGUUGAAUUUCGAGGAAUUCUGAAAUGGAGUUAUGUAUAUGGAUACUAUCUCCCUGAGGAUGAAAGUGCUAAGAUUGAGUUUUUUGAUCACAUCCAAGGAAUAGCUCAAGCUGUUUUGGAUAAGCUUCAUCAUUGUACAGAUAUUGGAUUCAGAAGGCUGAGAAUAAAACAUAGGAUAGAAGAUGAAGAGUUUCAACGGAAUCUAGAAUCUCUAACUAGGGUGACUCAAAGUUAUUUCAUGAAUUUGGUUAAAGAAUUAGAGAAUGGUCUUGAUGUUGUGCGUGUGAAAAACUAUACUGGCUGA